AUGGUGCCCAGCUCGCCUGGACCCUAUUUUUGUCUUCAAUUACGACGAGCACUCUCAAAUUACCGCGUUAAUUUUUCAACUUCGAUCCCUGCCCAAACGAACCGUGUGCCUCCUGAAUCACCAUCUUACACCCGCCUUCCCACUCCACCACAGUCCGAUGAGACCAAGCCUCCCCGAGUACGUGGUCAUCUUCCAGUUCCGCGCGAAAUAUUUCCUUAUGGGGAAGGCGACCGCAAAAUUCAACCUGAAUACGUAAAUAAAACUGCACCACGAUCAACAAAACCCUCCAGUGAAUCACCUUCGGAAGUGCAGGAAUGGAAAACCGCCUUGGCAGAAAGCCGACGUACCAAUCUCAAAGAAGGUCUAGAUACACUCUGGCUCCGCCGGCGGGAGAUGGAUAGAUCUCGCAACGAGCGUGUAAGCCGCAGGUUCCACAAACAUAACAAGGCUGGUGCAGCUCCAGAGAGAUACGAUGACAAGCUCACUCGACCUACGGUUUUGACUGCCAUCAUGGACACAAAGGUGUACCCCGAUCCAAAUCGUUUUUCUUGUGCGGAUAGAAGUCGUACAAAGGUUAUUGCGAAGGAGAAACAAAAGUUGGAAGGUAGGCGGGAUGCGCUGAUGGAGCUUUAUACAAGCGCAUCGAAUUUUAUUGUUCAUGAGAAUGAGUUAAAGGCAAAGAUUGAUGAGGUUUUUGCCGAGGAUUACUUCCGCAAAAGGAGUGAGGAUGGGCAUCGCCAUAGCACAACAGGAAAUGUUUGGGGAUCGUACGGUAAACCACCGUCUAUUGCUAACAUGAUGGACUCGGCUAUUGGAAUGUCAACUCGGAUUAUGGAAGCUGAUCAAACUGAAUCUGACCGUUCGGCUAAACGGCAAAAGCGAAUAGCGGAGGACCUAACUGGUGGGAAGAUGAUCUAG